CACAUGGAUUUUCUCAUUUCGUUCCAGGAAGUAUCUUAACGGGAGCGAGUUUGAGGAAGCAAAAGGCCAAAACCCUUGUGAGGGCCCAGCAAAAGGAAGGAAGAAGAGGAGGAAGAAGAAGGCGAAUUAGUCGACAUUCCCGAGAGACUGGAUAGGGAUCCACUCUCCGUCUGCGUGGAAAUGGCAGCCACUUCUCAUCUGUCCCAAGCUAUGUCGGUUUUGCUGGGUGAAAUUGCAGGAAACCUGACUGUGCAAGAGAUGGAUCAGAAACCCUCGAUACUAGCAGCCCUUCAAGGAUCGAGCUUGUUAGCAAAGACUCGUCACCAGAUCAGCCGAGUGAGUCGGGCAGAGUUGGCUGACAAUUUUCUACGGCUUCGUGAUGAACAUUUGCUGCUCAAAGAGCUCACUCAAAAGCAGGAGAACAAGAUCAAAAGGAUGGGCACCAAACUCUCAAGACUGAAUCAUGACCGAGCACAACAGGAAACCCGGAAUAGGAGACCCGGAAGCUACAUUCAAAACUCUGUGCGGCACCUGGACUUGGAAGAGGGUCUGGAAGAGAUGCAGGAACGGGUUUGGGAUCUGGAACGUCUCAACCAGCGUUUGAGGAGUCACCUGCUCUUCUACAAGCAACAGCUACAACUGCAGGGCUGCAGCCGUCACUGUCCCUAUGGCCACGUCACAGCCAAGGUCAACACGGGCUUUCGUCGGCCACACACCUCUCCUAGACAAGGGCCCAAGAAGUCACACAAAGAGAUGCAGAUAUCAAGAAUGACAACCAGGCCAAUCUCUCCCAGAUAUGGUGAUGAUGUUCUGGAAAGGUUGCAAGCAGAAACCGAAAGAUUAACCCACAGUCUGGUGCUGGCUGAGUUAGACAAGGAUCAUGAAUUGUUGAGCUUCACACCUGAUAAAGAAAUUGAUCUGGAAUACAUUCAAUCUCAGAAAAGCUAUCUAAACUUGCAGGAAUACCGAGCCGCCAUCCAGAAGAACGUGGAGCUGAUUCGGCUGCAGAAGCUGUUAUGGGAGAAGAAUUCAGAGCUGGUGAUCUCCAAAGCUCAGAUUACUGUCUUGCAAGAGUCUCCUUUCUUUUCGUCUUGUCUACACCAGAACCAAGAGGCCUUGAGGUCAGCCAGCGAAGCCUUGCUGACUCAGCUGGAUGAUCUGAAUGCCAACCUCAAGGAGAAGGCCCAGAAGGUGACCCUGCUGGAAAGCCGACUGGAAAUCCUUUUACCCUUGCGGGGAACGCUGGACGAGUUCCAGGAGAGAAUUCAAGACCUGGAAGCAGAGCGAGAUUCGUUGAAGACAGAUUAUGACCGAUUGUGGGACAGUUGCAUCAAUGCUCCACCACAAAAUCUGGACCAGGUGCCCCAGAAGGACAAUGCUUCUUCUUUGGAAGAUCAACUCAACUCAGCCUUGGCCGAGAAGGAGAUUCUAGAGGAACAACUAAAAAAAGAAAAAGCUCAGAAUGAUGCGCUGAAGCAGGAAGUCGACUCUUUUCAGGAGAGGGUGGCCAUCUUGGAAACCCAGGCGCUGAAGGAACCACCUCAAUCCAACCCAACUCAGAGCCUGUCAGCAGAAGUUCCAGAAAGAGAUCAGGAAAAGUUUGAAAUCUUCAUCCAGGACAGCCUACAGCGACAACUUCACGAGGCUGAGGCUGCCCAUGCAGAGACAGUGUUCGAACUGGAGAAGACACGCAACAUGGUCAUUUUGCAGCAUCGCAUCAAUCGGGAUUAUCAGGUGGAGCUGGAGAAGGUGCUGACGCAGUCCAGACAGGAGAAACAGGAACAUGAGGACCAGCAGAAGCAGAUGGACCAACUUCUGGAUCUGCGCAAUGCCCGUAUUCAUCAGCUGGAAGAGAAGUUGAAGGACAUGGCAUAUGGAACAAGAGUCGUCAGACUACGGCCCCCCGACUGUGACGUUGACGACGAAGGAGUCCCUAACAAACUUCUGAAAUUGCAACACGGGGAGAACCUCUUUGAGUUGCACAUCUCUGGGGCAAUCUUGUCGGCCGAGGCCGUCCAACUUCUGGGAGACCCCGAGCUUCUCACCUUUUGCACCUACGCUUUCUACGACUUCGAGACCCACUGCACGCCUCUGGCCCAUGGCGUUCGGCCCCGCUACGAAUUCACUUCCCAAUAUGUGGUCCGGGUGGACCCUUUCUUCAUGCAAUACUUGCAUGGGGCCACUUCUCGCCUGGACCUCCACCUGGCCUCUGCUGUGGACCACACCACCCUGGCCUCCUGCUGGUUGCAUUUUGGCCAAGUGCUGAACAGGGAAGAGCAAGUUCGUUGCACAGCAGUCUUGCGUGGUCCCAAAGGCGAGGAUUAUGGUCUUUUGGAAUACGGGUUGAAACUUCACUUUCCGUUCAAACAGUUUUCGCAGCUGCCCCGCCAUCAAAGUCAAAUGCGGACACCUCUCUCUAUUGCAGCAGGAACUCCGGUUGCAGCCCCACAGAGCUGGCAACCGCAAGGCGACAGAAAGACCGAAGCCGGAAGCCGGAAUGAGCUGUGCAUCCAGAUCAAGGGCUGUACCAAUUUGAGAAGCCGUUGGAUUGGCUCACGGCCCAGCCCAUAUGCCAUGUACCAGUUCUUCACCUUCCCGGAUCACGACACGCCCAUCACCCCGUCAAGCAACCACCCCGAAUUUGAAGAUGUGAAGAAGUUUGCUCUGCACAUCACUCCUGAGCUGCACCAUUAUUUGCUUGUGGAGAGUUUGUGGGUCUACGUGUUUGACGAUGAGGAAGAGGAACCUGGAAGCUACUUGGGCAAAGCCCAGAUCCCACUGGUACCGUUAGCGCAUGGGCAUAGCAUCAAAGGAGACUUUGACCUCAUGGACCCUGCGGGGAAGCCCAAUGGCUCCAUCCACCUCAGCCUAGAAUGGAAGGCCCUUUAUUUGCCUCCUGAAGAUGUUCGCUACAAGGCCAUCCAAGCACGUUCCUUGGAGAUGCAGAUUGCUGAUGAGCAAAACCUGUUGCACAGACAGGUGACUGAAAAACACCUUCAGAAAAGCAGAAGGAUAAAAAAUGAGCUGGAGCUCCCUCCUGCCCAAGUGAUUCCAACACGAGAACUCAAGAGAAGAAGGACAAAGAAGAAAGUGGUCAAAACUAUCCCCAAGAUGGAGGUGGAAGAGAGGAUAGAGGAGGAAGAAGAAACACUGAAUGUUGAAGAGACAGCAAAGGUGGCCGAACACCGAGAACUGGAUGAAGAAUCGAUUCUAGAGUCUCUGCUGAAGGACACUGUGGGGGAGGAGCAAGAGACGAGUGAAGCUCAGACUACCGAAAGUGACGAAGUGGUUGUGGGGUUACCCACACAGCAGUGGUAUUCUGAUCUGCAACCUUCAGAGUGGAUUCGGGUGGAGAUCAUUUCCCUUGGCCUUUUGCCCCAGAGCUGGCCUGCGGCCGAUGAGACCAUCCAGAAACUCUAUGUCGAAUUCCACUUCCCUGGGGUUCCUCUGGAGGAAACUGAGAUCCCUUUCUCUUUGCGGAAACCGAGGGGGACCCAGGAAAUUUAUUUCCACUUCAGCAAAGUGAUCAAACUGGACGCAGAUCCCAGAAGUUUUCAGAGGCAAAUGCUGUUUUCCAUGCUUGCGGCUGAGGAUCCCGAAGAGAACAAGCUGCAGUUUAUAGUGGUGAGUGAGCCUCUUCCUGGGACCAGUGGGGAAUGCGAAGACGUGGGUUUCUCAAACGUGAACUUGCGAGAGAUUCUUCUGACUGGAAACGACAUCUUUGAGCAAGACUUACAAGUUUUGAGUUCUUUAGACCACGUCACCAAGAUCGGGAAUCUGAAAGUCUCCGUCAAAGCGGCGCCCGCGCUGCGCGCCAUCUACCGGACAGAUGAAUGGCCGGGCGGCGAGGGUGGAGAAACUGAAGAGGAAUGAACAGGCUUCCAUUAUGAAAAUAAUGUUUGCUAACUUUUUCGGAGCCAGGGAAUGAGCCAGCAAAAUAAACUUUCCAAAUCUUUUUUUUUUUUUUUUGUAAAAAAAACAUUUUUAUUGUUCAGUUUGUCUCCAAAGUCAAAAAUAUCAAGAGUGCUAACAGCUACGAAAGAAAAAAAAAGAAAAAAGAAAAA